CAUGUUCCUUCACACCACUUUUGGGGAAAGUGGUUGCACCUCAGCAGACGGUGACGAGAGAUGAAAAAUUUGAUUUAGAGAUCCAGUCCCAGAUCUGCUAAACUCUUAUUUGUCUGCUUCCAAACAAACAGCAAUGACAAGCAUUUGUGAGCUAUGCCUGAAGGACAUGGGCUAUCACUCAGUUACUGGGACUCUUGGGGAUGAUGAACCAGACAAUUUUGACAUUGAUUGCUUCAGCCAGCUGGAAAUUAAGGACUCCUUGAGCAGCCUGACCUGCAAUUUCACCGAGCUGCCUCCUUACAACACUAACUACACCCUGUCUCUGUGUACCAAAGAAGAUAACAAUUACGCCUGCUCCAACAUGAAGAAACAAGAAGAUGUAUACUUCUUACAGUUCAUUGAUAUACUCUCAAACAGAGAUAUUUGCAUGUAUUCUGAGAUGAAGAGAAGGGUCUGCAGGAGUCUGGUUGUAACUGACAUUGUUAAGCCUGAAGUACCUUUCGCCGUAAACAUCACAUAUGAAAAGGAGGCAAAUGAAUAUCUUAUUCGUUAUUGUACACCACACUCAAGGAAGAAAUACUUAAAGGACAAAUUAGUACACCAGGUAGCCUAUCGGCAGAAAGAAGGUACUUGGAAGACAAAAGAAUCACCAUAUCUUCAGGUAAAAUUGCUGGGGAAAAACCUUGAAAAUGGAGCAUCGUAUGAGGUGAAAGUACGUUCUCAGCCCAAUGGAGAUUAUUUUAAGGGCACAUGGAGUGAAUGGAGCACUUCCAAGAGCUUCAGGACAGCAAGAGAGCAGCACUCAGCAGAAAGCUAUAACAGUGUGGCCAUGGUUAUACUCUCCAUCCUGGGAUUCAUGCUGUCCGUUGUUGUGAUUGCACUGUUCAUAGUUUUUUGGGAAAACAGGAUCAAACCUGCUGUAUGGCCAAACCUUCCUGACCAUAAAAAAACGCUGGAGCAACUAUGCAAGAAGCCAAAAAACAAUUUUGAUAUAAGCUUUAACCCAGAGAGUUUUGGUUAUGUUCAUAUCCAUAAAGUGGACGGCCUUUGGGCAAAAGCUGAACUGGAAAAUUUUCUGCAGCCAUCAACUGCUCCGAAGACAAGCCUUCCAGAAAAAUUCAGGGGUGGAUCAGACCUGAAGAUGAUCCCUGUGAUGGCAGACAAAAACAGCCUCAACCUGUCAGUGUCUGACAAAGGAGUCUGGCCAGCUGAAGCCCUGCACAGGCUCCUGGGCACCAGCCAGUUUGCAGUCACAGAGGGCAGCUGCAGCUCCAGCACAUAUGAGGUUUGCCACGGCAACAGGGUGCCCCUGCACAACGAUGGUUUCAACCUUUCCUCCACUUGUUCCCUGGAUCCUUCCGGCCAGCCCCAUGCAGAGCCUGUAAAUGAUGACACCAUAUCCCAGAUGCUGCCAAACAGUGACAUGAGAUCAACAAACAAUGAGGAAGCCUAUGUCACAAUGUCCAGCUUCUACAAAAUUCAGUAAAUCUCGUAAGAAUUACAGCAUGCAUUUUAUUUUCUCUAACACAAGCAGGGUACUGAAGCUUUCUGGUUUUGUUUUCCUGUAUCCUGGGAAUUCCCACAUCCCUCAUGCCCUCUGCUCAUGGUGCAAUGCUAUACCCGCAGGGAAGUGGGUUCUCCCACAUUCCAGUGAGAAGUAUCCUAUCUCAGCAUUCAGUAUGCUGCUAGCAGUCUUCACUGCAGUAAAACUAAAUUUAAUUCAACCUGAUUUUGAUCUUCAAAUCUGAUUAAUCCAGAGCAGUGACAAUGCAGUCCCAGCUGAGGAUCACAGCAUAUCUCAUAGAAAUUAAUGAACUCUUUUGUUACCCUCUUGGUUACAGAGUUAAGCUCUUAAUAAUGCCUUAGCAAGAAAUAUGGCAAUGAAUUCCUUUUAAAUAGAGCCCAAUCUUUUUUAAACACUGGUGGGUCAAGACUAAUUCCUCCCCAGUUAGUCAAAAGACAGUAAAAAGACAAAAAGACAGUAAAUUAUAGUUGCUAUCAAGUACUAGGUGCCUGGGGAUUCAGGAACUUGAGCACCACAAGAAGAGUAGGCAGAGUGCCCAGUACAAAUAUUACAUGGGCCCAUCUGUAAUCAGGAGAUGUUUCCUGAGAUGGAUUUAGGUUUUUGUUUGGGUUUUUUGUUUGGUGGGGUUUGGGGUUUUUUUUGAGACAUGAAUUAAAACAAAGAAAACCCUAAGUGCCACUACUUUUUGCUAUUGGCAAAGAUCUGCUCUUAAGCCAACUAUGGGAUCCACAGGUAUUUCUGCUAAUACUUUUGAGAACUUCAAAAUUUAAUGUACCAACUAUGCAAAGCAAAGUCCUUUCUCUUUGUAGAAGCUGAAUUAGGUCUGUAAACUGCAUGAUGCUGUCCUUUUCUGCAGCUCUUAUGCAAUUAUUAGUGUAGCAUUCCAGAGUGCUUUCCAUUCCAGAGGCUGGGCUGACCAUGUUUGUUUACUAGCAUUAUUCCAAAUGGCUGUGACUGCACACAAAUACUAUGAAUUUGGACAGGCAAUAUUCCCAUGCAACAUUUGACAUAGGAAAAUGGAUGGAAUGUCAUGGAUCCUGCCAGUGAUCACAAGACCUAAUUUGUUUCUUUUAAAUAACUCACAAUUUGCAGGAGAUGUUUUGUUGGGUUUGUAGGUUUUUUGUUUGUUUUUUUGGGGGUUCUUUUGCAUUGUGACUUAUUUUCUUUGUAGUAUUACAUUUAUUACUUCUUUUACAUUAUGGCUGAGCCACUUCACCGUCCUCCUCGGAUGCUGCACAUUCUGGAGCACACACUUGGAGAUAAAGCUGCUACAGCCACAUGGUUGCAUGACAGCAAAACUGUGUGGCCAUGGGACAUCCAAGCUGCUUUCUUGCACUCUGGAUUUGGGAUUCACCUCAUUGUGCAGUGUCAGUUUCUCUAGCUCUUUGAAAUUCUCCUUUACCUAGGAGUAAGUGCCUUGUUUCAAGAAUAUAUGAGAGUGGGGCUUGCAUUAUACUCAGUUGCUUGAAUCAACUGCAAGAGACAGUACAAACCAAACAGCAAUUCUGGCCCACAUCAAGCCAAAACCAGCCUUCCCAAGACAGCACUCCACCUCCUCCACCUCCACCCAGUGCCAGGGAAACUUUCGACUUGGGAGAACCUAACAGCUACUGUGUGCAAAGGGGCCUCGGAUUUGGCUCAAGGCAUUCCAAUGACAUUUUACAGAAUGGUUUUUAUUGCUGUUUACUGCCAAAUGAAGCAUUAAUUGAUGCAGAAGAAAAAGACCAAAGCCCUGGGCAUUCAUUUGCUUUAUAGUGCUUGUAUUCCCUUUCAAAAAAGAGCUGCUGAUAAUGCUUAGACUGUGAGAACUUGCACAGUGUGACUGUAGAGACAGACAGACUAUACUGGAAUGAUACCUUCUUCCAGUGUCACAGAGACAAACAAAAAGGGGAUAGAGGAAGAAGCAAAAGCACAUCAAGAAAAUCCUCUGCAGUAUGUGUUAUGCUUCCUUCAAUUUUUGUAAUUUUGUAUUUCUGUAACAUAUUUGUUGGAUGUAUGCAGAUAUAACCACUUUCAGCUUUGUUUCGGGAAAAAAAAUAAAGCCAAAUUUGCACCAAAGCCAGAAAUA